UAUUCUUCUGUCCGUCAGCGAAUUCAAGCCCCCCCCCCCCCCCAGCUCUCUCUCUCUCAAGACAUCAUCGGCACGCCGUCUCUCCAACCACUCGACUUUCGUUCUCCCGCGGGGCCUCUCCUCCCUUCUCUCGUGUCGCUCCGCGCAGCUGCCAGUCGCGGUGGCCUUGAGUGCCCGUCUCUGCGCUUUCCGUCUCUCCUCAUCCUCCUCCUCAUCCUCCUUCUUCUAUUCAUUUGGCAUCUCUCAGCUUGCGUUGGCGUCUGGCUCCGCGACCUCUCUCUCGUUGCCACCGUCCGCUCAAAGCGUCAUCAUCCGUCUCUCAAAUCUACGCGCGCCGCGUUCGUCUGUCGGCAUCUUCUCGGUCCGUCUCCCGGGUUCGCCUUCAACGAUGUGGGCUCGGCGGACUCUGUGCCUACUGCUUGUGUGCGCGACCUGCACGCCAACUCCCAGCUCCGCCUACCCUCCGCCCAGAGACAUGGAGAGAGGGACGAGUCUCGAGACGAACGAGGCGAUUAUCGAUCCCGCGCUAGCGGUCGGUUGGGUGAUCGUCGUUCCUGCGGAUUCCGUUUCCCGACCGAUCGUGCUGACUCCGUCUGAGACGCGGCUCCUACUCAGCGGCCCUGGGGAGACAUCAGCCCUGCAGUCCAACAGCCUGCACCAGCCCGACGAGGAUGAGGAGGCGGCAUCAGCGAGGAGCCUGGUGCACAAGCGCGCGUGCAACACGGCCACGUGCGCCACGCAGCGCCUCAUGGACUUCCUGAGCCGCGCGCGCGGCAUGGAGGGCGCCGGCCCCACGGACACGGGAGCCAGCACGUUCGGGCGCAGGCGCCGCUAGGGCACGCCUCUCUGCACGGACCCCCCCCCCCUCCCUCCUGCCCCCCCACUUAUCGUCCCUACCACUCAGGGCCGGAUUCAGGCACGGGGGGCUUUAGGGGGCUGCAGCCCAAGGGUGCCCCGCGCCAGCUGGAGGGCCCCCUCCAGAGAUGAAGUGGAAAGUGAUUUCGUUCGUGAAUGCUGAAUUCGUAUUUGUUGUUAGCCUUGUAAAAAAAUACAAUUUUAUUUUUCUUUCACUUUGUUUUUUUCCUUUUGAAAAUAUUACUGGGGGGCCCUCACAGUUACCUGCAGCCCAGGGGGGCCUAGACAAUCUUAAUCCGGUCCUGCCUAUCACUAGAAUCUCCACCCCCCUCCCCCCACCAUGGUUCGAGUAAAGAUUCCCCUUGGGGAUACCUUCAAGGUCACCGGCAAAAACAAAAUAACAACAAUAAGAAGAAGAGGAGGAGGAAGAACCAUUGUUGUUUUUUUUCGAAUUCGGUCCAGUAACUGAGUAUUUAAAGAGCCGCAGUGCACGUGCAUGCAUUACGUCCCGCUGUAUCACAAUGCACGUGCAUGCCCACGUCACGUGACGUUACAUGGCGUGACGAAGCAGUCUUUAAAAGGCCACGGGCUGCCCCUCCCCCUGUUCCAUGCGUCUUUACGCAAUCAGAUCCCCCUGCCGUCCGCCCACCAUGGAUCCCACGCAGAUCUCGCGAUGAAUUCCUUCCAAAGAUCAGAUCGCCCCCUGAACACUGACAAGCCCCUCCAUCUCCCCCCGGCGUUCCUCCCCCCCAUCACCGCCCCUCACCACUGGAUGGCCCCUGACCUCCCACCUAACGGAGCCCCCCCCCCCUUCUCGAAAGAGGCUCUGCCUAUCCUUUGCAUUGACCACGGAACCCACCCCCCACCCCGCCGCCUUUCACGAGCGGAAAGAAUUGCUUCAUGCCGCCCCUUAAUCUUUUAUUCUUAUAUUCUUGGGUCUUUCGGUAAAGUCACGUCGAUGGGUUCAAUCUAUUUACUGUACAUCUGUGGGAGGGGGGGGAAGAGCUUCAUAGCUCAUCGGAUUCCUCCCAGCAUGGGUGAUGAUUCUGAUUGACUUACAACGGCCUACGCUUGACGUCUUCACCGCUCCAACACUCCUGCCCCUACCCAAGGGGGGGGGGGACGUCCGGCCCGAGUCUAGCCCCUAACCUCCACCCAGACCCUCCCUCUCCCUUGUCCGUGUCAUGGAGCCACGAGUCACUCUGGGCCCGUGGAUUUAAGUGGAGCACGGGAUGCUCCCAUCCCUCGCCACCCCCAUUCCGAUAUUAGGAAAUCACCGGAGCCGUGCACAUUGAAAAUCAUCUCGACGGAACAAACUUUCGUUUUCUUGGUUCUUUCGGUAAAGUCACGUAGUAGGGAAGUAAUAAAAUAAUAAAAAUAAAACAUAAUAAAAUAAUUCUCACGACGUUUCGGCCACAACGCAAGCAACCGUCCUCAGGUGAAGCACAUGUCUGUCGAUAAGACAGACUCUGUCUUAUCGACAGACAUGUUGUGGCCGAAACGUCGUGAGAAUUAUUUUAUUAUGUUUUAUUUUAAUUAUUUAUUAUUUCCCUUCUACGUGACUUUACCGAAAGAACCAAGAAGAUGAAUCCCUGCAGUCACGAAAGCUUUAAAUCGAAAUUUAAACUUUCGUUUCUUCGGAACCGCUUUUUGUCUUCGGUUUGUUGCCCGCCACUCCGCGCACCCUGCGAGUCGCACGGUUUUGGCUUCCGCUACGGUGCGAAAGGCGAACUCGACAUGUAGAUACGCGCGCACGUGGGCAUCCUCCUUCUCGCGCCUGAGGCCUUACGGCGUGAAAUACAAGGGUGCUUCAAAAAAACAUCUACACGAGACUAUUGUUUUUAAUAAGAAAAAAAAAGAAACGGAUAACACGUAGAAGGGAAAUAGUAAAAUAAUACAAAUAAAACAUAAUUAAAUUCAAUUCUCAUGACGUUUCGGCCACAACGCAAGCAGCCGUCCUCGGGUGAAGGACAGGGCUGUCGGAAAGACAGCGUGUGAAUGAAACACCACCAAGCUUGGCAGCACAUAUUUAAGUUGGGUUAGAGGGGGAAGGGCGCCUUGUCAAGGUGGCCGAAACGUCGUGAGAAUUAUAUUUUAUUACGUGUUAUUUUUAGUAUUUUAUUAUUUCCCUUCCACGUGACUUUACCGAAAGAACCAAGAAGAUGAAUCCCUGCAGUCACGAAGAAGCUUUAAAUCGAAAUUUAGACGGAUAAUAAAACACCGUAACGUGAUGACAAAUGUCAUGUUAAUAGCUUCGAAAAGUCACAGAGUCUCUCCCACUCGUUCGCCAUCGUCGUCAACACGUGGCCUGGAAUCUUCUCCAGGUGGUCUCCAGAGCCGGCACAUUUCUCGUGGUGUUGUUGCAAAUUCUCGGAAGUGUUCACAUUGUUUUGAAGCAGCCUGUAUUUAAAAAAAAACUGAGUUUUGCUCACUUAUGAAUAUAAAGGAAAAAAAAAUCCGAUUGAGAUGGUUAGGCCCAGCGCCUUGAGGCAAUCUAUGUGAAGGCAGUGUUUGUCUGCUCUGUUGAACCUUCUUUACUUUGGGCUGGUGGUUUGGAGGGCGGCAGUAAGGGGGCCCUUACGAUUUGGCCCCCCAUGGCUUACGACGGUCCAGCCACAAUCACAAAUCCUGGGUGGUGGUGGGGGUGGUGGCUUCUUUUUUAAUCUAUGGUGGCCUUUUUUUGCCUAGUAGCAAAUAUGGUAAAAAAAUAAGCAUUAUAUAUAUGAAUAGAUUUUUACCCUUUCUGGCAAUGAAACAGCAGGUCUGAAGAUAUUCAAACACCAAAGAGAUAUACCCUUGUUUUGUUGUUGCAAGCAAUCGAGUCGGCAUUAGUCACGCGUACUUGUGGCGAAACAUGCAAGACGAACAGAAAGGGUCAAAAACCUCUUCUUAUUUGCCAUUACUUUGAUACUGGAAACAAAAAGUGCCACAUAUAUACAUAAUCACUGCUCAACCCGUGCCCGAAUGCUCUGACACGGGCAAUGCAUUUGUACCGUUCGCCUUUGUCGCCCUCCCGCCGGAUAUAAAAUUGGUGAGACAAGGCCACGAAGAAGCCUGUCUCUGGGACAGACCAAUCGGGGGGGGGGGGGGGCUUUUCUUCGUUGUGUUUGUUUGUUCCACUUGUGUUGGAGGGGGUGAGGGUUGGGGUGGUGCGGCGAGGGUGGUCACCCGUGGAUUUCUGGUCGGACAUCGGAGACCACAGGAUGAUGGGAGUGGAGGGAGGGAGAAGUGGGGUUGAAGAGAGGGAGUGGGAGGGGAGGGAGGGAGAAGUGGGAGUGGAGGGAAUGGGAGGGAG